ACAAAUAACAUGGCGGUCGUUUAGCUCUGUGAAAAAAAAAAAAAAAAAAUUUCAAGAUUUCGCGUCGACUUUCCAGAAUAAUUUCGUGUGUGGCUCAGGGUGGGACCAGCAAGAUGCCAGGGAAAAACAAGGAUCAGUUCAAACCAGGGGAUCUGGUGUUCGCCAAGAUGAAGCACUUCCCCUACUGGCCUGCAAGGGUCUGCAAGUUAGAGGAAGGGCACAGUAAACGAGUACCUGUUUUCUUCUUCGGCACCCAUCAGAUAGGUCACCUCCCUCCGGAGAACAUUAUUCCAUAUGUUGGAAACAAGCUGAAGUACGGCAGCGGCGUUCGCAUUAAAGGCUUCACAGAGGGAAUGUGGGAGAUCCAGAACACACCUGGACUUGGGAGUAAACUCAAGAUGCCAGUAAAGACCACCACACAAAUGGCAUCAAAAGCCCCUGUUAAGAAAAUCACUUCUGUCAGAUCAACUCCUACAAGGAAAACAAGCAAAAACAAACUCCCUGUGAAGAAACCUGCCUCCGUUCAGUCCAGUCUUGGUGACACCACCCCUCCAGAUGAGGACGGCAAAGUAUCUGCUCGCAGAAGCAGAAAUACAGAUUUUAAAAUUGAGCCUAAUUCUGCAUCCAGACCUGGUCUGCGAAGAUCAGCGGAGUCCAAACUGCUGUCUGAAAAGACUUUGGAAUUUUCUGUCAUGCCGGUGCCGCUUGUGGCUGUAACGUCUGCUGCAGCUAAUAGGAGAAAAUCAUCAGAAUCCAAAAUGCCAACCAGAAACAAACCAAACUCACAAGAGAGUACCGCUGAAAAUCCUAUGAAUACCACUGCUUCAAGGAAGAGAAGGACACUAGCAAAAAUAUCAGAUGGAAAAGAAGCUCUUUCUCAAGACCUUUUGAGCAUCAUUUCACCUGAUGAACCUGCUGAGAAGCAGAUGGCUGCGACAGAACUCACAGAUGAUAAGCAUCCCGAUGACAAAGCUACACCUGGAGAAGGGUUGAUUGACACUGAAGCUGCUGCUGGAGAACCUGCUGCGACCCCUGCCUCAACAAAGACAACAGACUUUGGUUCUGCUGCUACCAGGAGCAAAGCACCAGACGCUCAGGUUGACGAGGAGCAGCACAGGAAGACGACAACUCCUUGUGAUCCUGUUUGCUCUCCAGUUUCUGAGAAACAGAAGAUGAAAGAAGUGGAUUCUGAUUUGCCACAAAUGUCAAGAAAUGACAAAAUACAGAAUGUCCAGGAGCAGGAAGAAGGAAAAAAGCAAUUGGAGAGUAAAGGAAUGAGAACAAGGCAGGAGGAGGAGGAAGAGAAAACUGCUGAUGUCACAGCUGCAAAGAAAGGUGUGAAGAUGACUGAUGACAAAAGUGAAGAAAAUUCCUCAGACAGUAGAGGAACAAAAAGGAAGCAAGACGAGGAGGUGAAGAAAGCAAACGAUGAUGGUGAGGAAGUAAAGAAAAGGAGGAAAACAACUGAGAACCAAGGAUUGAAGGCAAGGAGGGGAGAAAAAGAAGAAAAGGACAGUAAAGACGGGAUGAAAAGACAGACAAGAAGAGAAAGUCGGACUGAAGAAGUAAAGAGGACAGGAGAAAAGAAAAUACAGAAAGACGAGCUGGAAGAUGAGAGGACGGCAGAGAGAGAGGGAACAAAGAGGACGAGAGAAAGGGAGAAGAAAAUGCAGAAAGACCUGAUGGAAGAUGAGAGGACAGCAGAGAGCGAGGGAACCAAGAGGAUGAGAGAAAAAGAGAAGAAAAUGCAGAAAGACCUGGAAGAUGAGAGGACAGCAGAGAGUGACAGAACAAAGAGGAUAAGAGAAAAAGAGAAGAAAAUGCAGAAAGACCUGGUGGAAGAAGAGAGGACAGCAGAGAGUGAGGGAACCAACAGUAUGAGAGAAAAGGAGAAGAAAAUGCAGGAAUACACGAUUGAAGAUAAGAAAGUGGAGAGUGAGGGAGCAAAGGAGAAGAAAAUGCAGAAAGACCUGAUGAAAGAGAGGACAGCAGAGAGCGAGGGAACCAACAGGAUCAGAGAAAAGGAGAAGAAAAUGCAGAAAGACCUGGAAGAUGAGAGGGCAGCAGAGAGUGACAGAGCAAAGAGAAUGAGAGAAAAGGAGAAGAAAAUGCAGAAAGACCUGAUGAAAGAAGACAAGACAGCAGAGAGCGAGGGAACCAACAGGACGAGAGAAAAGGAGAAGAAAAUGCAGAAAGACCUGAUGAAAGAAGAGAGGACAGCAGAGGCAGAGGGAACCAACAGGAUGAGAGAAAAGGAGAAGAAAAUGCAGAAAGACCUGGAAGAUGAGAGGACAGCAGAGAGUGACAGAGCAAAGCGAAUGAGAGAAAAAGAGAAGAAAAUGCAGAAAGACCUGAUGGAAGAAGACAAGACAGCAGAGACCGAGGGAACCAACAGGACGAGAAAAAAGGAGAAGAAAAUGCAGAAAGACCUGAUGGAAGAUGAGAGGACAGCAGAGAGCGAGGGAACCAACAGGACGAGAAAAAAGGAGAAGAAAAUGCAGAAAGACCUGAUGGAAGAUGAGAGGACAGCAGAGAGCGAGGGAACCAACAGGACGAGAAAAAAGGAGAAGAAAAUGCAGAAAGACCUGAUGGAAGAUGAGAGGACAGCAGAGAGCGAGGGAACCAACAGGACGAGAGAAAAGGAGAAGAAAAUGCAGAAAGACCUGGAAGAUGAGAGGACAGCAGAGAGCGAGGGAACCAACAGGACGAGAGAAAAGGAGAAGAAAAUGCAGAAAGACUUGAAAGAUGAGAGGACAGCAGAGAGUGACAGAGCAAAGAGAAUGAGAGAAAAGGAGAAUAAAAUCCAGAAAGAAGUGCUGGAAGAUGAGAAGAUAGAGAGCGAGGGAACAAAGAAAAUGAGAGAAAAGCAGAAUAAAAUGCAGAAAGCUCUCAUGGAACAUGAGAGGACAGCAGAGAGAGGGGGAAUGAGGACAAGAGAAAAGAAGAAAAUGCAGAAAGACCUGGAAGAUGAGAGGACAGCAGAGAGUAUCAGAACAAAAAGAACGAGAGAAAAAGAGAAGAAAAUCCAGAAAGACCUCACGGAAGACAAAAGGACAGCAGAGAGCGAGGAAACGAAAAGGACAAGAAAAGAGAAAGAUGAAGGGAAGGAUAUUAAGAAGAUGAAAAACAGAGAGGAAGAAAAGGGCGUGGAGAGCCAAGGAGCGAAGGUGAGGAGAGCUGGGAGAGAGGAAGCAAAAGAGCAGAAAAGAGAGCAGUGUGAACUUGAGAAAAAAAAGAAGGAAGAGCUGAAGAGGAAAAUAAGAGCGAGGUCAAUAGACAACCCAGAAAUUAAAGUGAGGAGAGUGGAGGAAGAAGAGGGUAAAAAAAAGGAUGGAAGUGAUGGUGGAAAGAAGAGAGAGGAGAAAGAGAGGGGUGGAAAAUCAGCCGACAAAGACGAAAAGAACAGCAGUCCUGCAGAUGAGAACAUUAUUGUUGCACAGCGACAGCGCCGUCUGGUGGCCAAUAGAGACAAUUUGUUCCAGUCGCUGAGAGGUCUACUGAGGGAUGGAAGAAGAGUGGCCAGGAAGGAGAUGAAGAGCAAUCAGAAAACUGUACCUAGAGGGAAUAAGGCUGAAGAUAAAAGCCAGAAGGCGUCAGAUAAGAGUGAUGUUAAAUUAUCAGCCGUCACCAAGGUGAUCAGCAAGAAGAUGGGCAUCAGAGAUUUUGUCAGUAAGAACAUGACGACAAAGAAGGAAGACAAAGAUGCCUCCAAGACACUCAAAAUGAAAGAAAUCUCUGUGAAAGAUAAAAGUAAAGAAGCACAGACAUUAAACCAAAAGGUGACCACAGAGAAGGAAGUCACGAAAUCUGAGAAGAAGCCAGAGAAAGAUGGGCAAACUGAUAACGCAAACAAAACCACGUGUAAACCAGUGGAUGAAGUGAAGAUGAAGGAAAAGGAAAGUGGGCAGAAAGUUGAGAGUGUCAAUGAAAAUAGAGACGAGGAUGAGAAGAAGGACGAGAGGAAAAUAAUCGGAAAGAUUGUGAAGGCAACGGGCGGACAGGGAGCGAAGGUUCAGGUGAAGAUCAUGGGGGGAAAGAUCGCAGCAACAAAUGAGAAGAAAUACGAAAGAACGAGAUCGGCAAUGGAGGGCAAGGCAGAGAUGGGAAAGGACACGGAGGCAAAACCAAAAGAAGAACGGCAGAAGAGCAGCAAGGAUGCGGCAGACCUGAAAAACAGAGAAGAAGAAUGUAAAGGCCAGAAAGUGAAGCUGCAGGAAAAGGACCAAAAAAUGACAACCAGAGUGGACAGCAUUGAGCAACACAACAGCGAAUUACAGAAGAGUGACCAAACAAAGAAAACGCACAAAACAAACACGGAUACGCAGCAGAAGGGUGGCAAAGAGACAAAAAUGCAGAAGAAGAACACAGCAGAAAAAACGCCGCUGGAUACAGAGUCAAAAAAGGAUACAGAAAAAGAUGCAAAGAAAACAAGUCGAGAAGUAGAAACGCAGGAAAAGAGAGAAACGGCGAAGACAGAAAUGGUAAUGAGGGAUCAGAGGAAAACAGGGGAAAAUGAUGAAAAAUCCAAGAGUGGAUCACAGAAUGACCACAGAGCCACAAGUCAAGUUACAGAAGGUGUUGAGACUGUCGAAAAGAAAAUUGAGAACAACCCCCAAACUGAGGGCGCCGAGAAGACUGCGGAAAGAAUGCCGACUCGGGUCGAGUCAAAAAAGAGAGCAGAAGAUGAUGCAAAGAAAAUGAGUGAAGAAACCAAAAUCAGGGAAAAGACUGAAUUAGAACCAGAAAAGCUGAUGACAAGGGAUCAGAAGAAAAGAGCAGAAAAGAGUGAAAAAUUGACAUGUGACUCUCAGGAACACAAAGAAACUAAGAAACGGACAAAAACAAAUGUGAUGACACAAGAAAAUAGCAGAGAAACCAAAGUACAGAGCUCCGAAGAUGGGAACGGAACCAACACGCUCACAGAGACGGGGGAAUCACAAAUAUCUAGAAAAAGUGGCAAAGACACAAAAAAGGAGGAUGGUAACAAAGAAGAGCUGGGAAAAGAGAAGGAUCAGGAGAAAAGUGAAAAAUCCAGUGGUGAUUCGCAAACCGACCACAGCGCCACGACAAGUCAGGUGACAGAAGGGAUUCAAACAGAUGCGGCGACUCAGCAAAAGAUUGCCACCGAAACAAAAACACCCACAACCGCGGAAGAGGAGAAAGGCGACAAAACACAAACAGACACGCCUGAGGAGGUCUCGUCAAAAACAUCAAAGCAGAUGGGGUCAAAAACAAGUGAGGAAGAAAAUGCAGUGAAAUUAAACACAGACCUGAAAAUGCAGGAGAAUAAAGAAAUGGAUGCUGAAAAAGUGAUGACGAGGGAUCAGAAAGAGGGAGAGGAAAACAAAGAAAACCCUUCUGAGGGGGUGAAGAGUGCAAUUAAAACAGACGCAGUGACUCAGCAAAAGAGUGUCAUCGAAACAAAAACACAGAAGUGCGUAGAAGAGAAGGACAGCAGCCAGAUGGCACCAAGAACGAGUACAGAAAAAGACAAAAAGGAAACUAGGGCAGAAAUGAGCAUGCGGGAGAACAAUGAUCUGACUGUAGAAAAUGUUAUGAGUGAUCAGAAGAAGAGCAUGGAAAACGGUGAACAACCCACAGUGACUCAGCAAAAUCCCACCGUGGAUGCAGCAGAGAAGGUGGCGCCAAAUCCACUGCCACCUGCCGAGUCAGAAAAAAGUGUAGAAGGUGAUGGACAGCGAAAAACUGCAGGAGAUGAAUUGCAAGAGGAGGAGAAAAAUAAACCGGAGAUGGAGAAAAUGAUGACGAGGGAUCAGAGGAAGAGAACAGACAAGAACGAAAAACCCGAUAGCGAGUCGCCAGACAAGAAGGAUACGCUAAAGAAAACGGCUACAACGGACACUGUGACUCGGCAGGAGAGGAACGUGGAGACUGAAUUGCAGAAGAAAAGUGAACAAGCACUCACGGAUGUGAAUGACAAGCAAAAAAUGUCGACGCGGGCCGGGUUACGUAAGAUGGCAGAAGAUGCAAAGAAGAACGAGGUGCAAAUGGGAAAGGUUAUGACAAGGGAUCAGAAGAAGAGAGUGGAAAGCGGCGAAACGCAGAAAUGCUUGUUUAAAACAAAUGUGGCACCAGAGAAGAACACUGCAGAGAAUAACAGGAACAAAACUGUAGCGGAUGGGGCGGGGAAGGAAUCAACAAAGGCACCGUCGCAGGGCGAGUCAAGGAAGAGCAUGUGUGAAGAACAUGCGAAGAAGACCGAUGCCGAUGACAUUCAAAUGAAGAGCGUCAUGGUGGAGGGAGUGAAGGUGGAGCAGCCGGUGGUGAAGCUAGAUAAGAGUCAAAUGAUGACGCUGAUGGAUUCGGAUCUGCACAGAAUCCACGGAGACAUACGGAUUUCCCUGAAGACUGACAAACCCGACAUCAGUAAAUGUAUCUCGGCGCUGGAUCAGCUCAGCAUGCUUUAUGUGACAGCACAACAUAUCAAGAGACACAGUGAGCUUGUCGCCACCCUGAGGAAGAUGCGGUACUACAAGGCAAACCAAGUGGUGAUGGAUAAGGCCUCCAUGCUGUACAGCCGCUUUAAAAAUACCUUCCUGGUGGGUGAGGGCGAGGAGGUAGUGAGCUCUGCCUUCCUGCGCUCGCUCCUGGAGGAGAAGGAGCUUGAAGAGGAGCAGCGGGUGGAGCGCUGGAAGGAGAAGAAGAAGAGGGAAGAGCUGUUGCAGGAGGUGAAGAGACGGAUGGACCAGGUGGAGGAGAAGAGGAAGACUGACGGAGGAGGAAGCACCGAGAUCGAGGAGGCAACGUGAGGCAAA